AAUCAUAAUUAUUCUCGAGUACAGAUGUGGGAGAGAUCCCGAGGCAAUUCUUUCAGAACAGAAAUUAAUCUUGCACGAAGUGGAGCCGCGUGACGAUUUACGGACGCAAGUCAAUUUCAACUGUGCUAACAGGUAGUCUGUCAUAACUCUCGGCUCAUAUGCUGUCAUAAUUAUAGAAAAAGCAAUACACACGCGGGCUGAAGGUAACCGAAACGAAAUUCCUCGCCAGGAUCGCCAUUAUGACAAAAUACUCGACCAAUGAAGUCUAGGUCUAGGACGCAAGUGGAGACCCGCGGCUGACUAUCGAGAGGCCGCAGUUUCGCAAGAUCUCAUCGUCCAAAUCUCGAGUACAUUUGGGGAGUCUUCGGAGCGAGUAGGACGAAUAGAUGCAAGAACUUCGCGGAGAAAGAGAGAAGUGCGAGACGCCGGGAGGGAGAGGGAGAGGAAUCGUCUCACAGCUGAAUUACUCUCACUCGAGAGGCCCCCGUCUCUUCUUCUUCGUGGGGGCAUCGCGUGUAUCCCCCUGCUUCUCCCGGGGGUAUAAAUGACUGCGGUCUACCUUCCACGGAGUCACAGAACUGAGCGGCAUCGCAGAAGCCGACAUGAAUUCUCUGAUCGCGUGUAUGAUCAUCGGUUUGGCAGGGUUCGCCCUGGCCGAGCCGCCCUCCUCCGGCUACAGCUACAGCAGACCCAGCGGCGGAGGUGGCUUCGGCGGAGGUGGCUUUGGCGGAGGUGGCUUUGGCGGAGGUGGCUUCGGCGGUGGUGGCGGUGGUUACACCCAGGUGUCCUUCGGUGGCCAGACCAGCGAGGGUGCCUCCGUGGAUGGAGCUCUGCUUGAGCAGAUCCGUCAGAUCCUGCUGAAGGAAGAGUCCCAGGGUGGCGGAUUCGGUGGUGGCGGUGGCGGUGGCGGCGGCGGAUACGCAGCACCUAGCUCCAGCUAUGGUGCACCAUCGUCGCAAUACGGCGCCCCGUCGCCGCAAUACGGCGUGCCCAGUUACCAAACCCGCGUCGUGGGCAUCGAUCUCGAGGGCAUCAGGCAGGCCAUCCAGGUGGCCCAGUUCAACCAGGUCAGCCAAGGUGGUGGCGGAGGUGGCUACCCCAGCGGACCCAGCACCAGCUAUGGAGCGCCCAGCAGGCCGUCCGGUAGCUACGGUGCGCCGUUCUAAGGAGUCAUCAUGGAUUGAAUGAUGAGAGAGAGAGAGAAAGUGUGUAUGAGAGAGA